UGCCGCAUGUAUUUGGGAUACUUUGAACUCUUGUGAGCUGUGGAAGACUAUACUAUUAGGCUGCACAGAAUAUUGUGAUUAUUGGGUUGGUGGAUCUUCUCGUGCUGCUCGAUCAUGGCGCAAGACACUGGCUUGUUCAGCAUACGACGUCCACGGGAGACUCUUGGAAAUGUCCAAAACCUUUCUUCUAUCCCUCAGCCAUCUUCCUCCCUGAAACGAACCAGUUCCGUCGCAAACCUCCAGAACCCUCCUUACACAUCACAACAUUCGCGCUCGACGUCCGUUGCUCAGUCUGCUAGCCGAUUACAACCUCCGGUCUUUGGGAGGGCCUCUUCGGGCGGAAAUUUUGGGCCCGAUGGCGCCCUAUCCUCCGUGCGACGCUCUGCGUCAAGCAACAUUCUUCACAGCGCAAGCGCACGUCGGCAGAGCUAUGCCCCCAUAUCCAUGCCACCUCCCCCGCCUCCACCACAACUUCAGCGGAGGAGCAGUGUGCUAUCACGACCUUCGAUGGGGCCUACACCUCACCAGUCCUUUUUCGCCCAAACUCCAGUCCCUGCGGGGGUACCACGCGACCCCCGCCCGCUGAGAGAUCGAAGCUUCCAAGCGCGGAUAAGCCAAGAAAUUUUGGAAUAUUUGACGCAUAAUAACUUUGAGCUUGAAAUGAAGCAUUCCUUGACACAGAAUACGCUAAAAUCGCCCACCCAAAAGGACUUCAACUACAUUUUCCAAUGGUUAUAUAGGAGAAUCGAUCCAGGACACAAGUUCCAGAAGAGCAUAGAUUCUGAAGUGCCGCCGAUUUUGAAACAGUUAAGAUAUCCUUUUGAAAAGAGUAUCACAAAAUCGCAGCUUGCCGCCGUUGGGGGGCAGAAUUGGCCAACAUUCCUGGGCAUGCUUCAUUGGAUGAUGCAGUUGGCACAGAUGUUGGAAAGGUAUUAUCUGGAUCAGUACGACUAUGCGUGUGCAGAAGCUGGUGUCGAUGUGACAGGAGAUCGUAUCAUUUUCCGCUUCUUGUCUGGUGCAUACCAUGAUUGGCUGCAAGGAGGCGAAGAUGAAGACGAUGAGGUAGCGGAGAAAAGGCUUAUUCCCCACGUCGAAGCUAUGGCUGCCGAGUUUGAGCGUGGAAACGAAAAAUACGUCCAAGAAAUGCAGACACUUGAGGCAGAGAAUAGGGCUUUGCGGGACCAAAUCGAAGAGCUCGAGAAAAGUGCGCCGGACAUGGCGAAACUGGAAAAGCAUUUUAAAAUUCUUGAGGAGGACAAACGGAAAUUUGAAGACUAUAAUCAAAACGUCCAAGGAAAGAUUGAUAAAUACGAUAAUCGGAUCAAACUGCUGGAUGAGGAGGUUAAGAAAGUAGAUGCCGAGCUUCAAAUGGCUGAAGAGGAACGGCUCAGUCUGCAGUCGAGUGUUGACAAGCAAGGUAUUACAAUACAGGACAUCGACCGUAUGAAUACGGAGCGCGAUCGACUUCAAAAGAGCGUCGAGGACAUCCUAGUCAGGCUAGAAGAAACCCACGUAAGAGUCAUGGAAAAAGAGGCAGAGGCCAAUCGGAAGCUCGAGGAGUUGGAAGAAGUCGUCAAAACAUACAACUCGCUUGGGUACCAAAACCUGCUGAUUCCUUCAACGGCUGUCAACGCCAAAGAUUAUGAUUACGAGCUACGCCUAAACGUCAACGAAAAUAAUUUCUCGUCAUCCCAGCUUGGUAGAUCCCAAAAUCGAGGUUCUCCCGAAGGCGAUCGAUUACUUGCUGAUGCGUUCACGGGGUACAGCCCAGCUAAUCUAAUAAACUUGGAUCUCCGUGGUAUUGUUCGAAGUAGUUUUGUGGCGCUCAGAAAAGAAAUAUACGAACGCCGAAAAGUAGCGCUUGACGACGAUAUGAAUCGUCGGGACUUGCUAGACAAUAUCAAAGAAGCUAUGGAGGAGAAGCGGAACGAAGUUGAAGCUCUCGAACAUAAACGACGAGCAGCGGAAGAGGAAUUCGAAAAAACUAAAGAAAUUACAAUGACGCAGAAAUUGGCCUCAGAUGCUCAAAUCGAAAAGAUGGAAAAGGAACUCGCCAAAAUGCGUGCAAGUCUAACGGAGAGCGUACAGUUGAUGGAACAGAGGGAAAUGAACACCAACAUUGAGUACGAGCAGCUGGUACUGCGAGCAAACGCCUUACGGGAAGAGCUCCAUACCGGCGUCGAGAGUAUGUUGAACGAUAUUAUCCGAUUCAAAGUCCAUAUCCAAAAAGGUCUGGAAGAUUAUGAAAAUUUCGUCGUCGACGAGGUUGAACAAGAACUGGGUGGCGAAGACCUUGACGACGAGCUGGAUGGUAGGGAGAUUGAAUAA